UUAUAUUAUUUGGUUUGUUGUUUUUCGCUUCGCGUUUUAAAUUAGUUAAUAAACAAAGUACAAACUGCAAAUGGCAAAAUGCUGUCCUACGACCUCAACGAACGCCUGCUGACUGCGGUGCAAGGUGGCGACUUCGAGCAGGCCCUUGGCUGCAUCAUGCAAGGUGCUCAGGCCUCGUAUGUAUCGCCCAGUUGCGGGCGGACAGCUGUGGGCACAGCCGCUAUACUGGGGGAUGCGGAGUUGCUGGAGCUUCUGGUUCAGUCGUGCGAGGAACCAGAACUAGAUGUCUUCCAUCAAUCUCACACGGAUAGUCUGGAUAUCGAGCGAACGCCCGAAGGUAUGGAGAAACUAGAAUGGGUGGAUGAGUUCGAGAACUGCUCCGAGAAUGUGGGCAGCGGUGGAUCAGAGGAUAGCCAGCUAUAUCAGUAUUAUGCCAAGACCUUUGAGAGCACAGGAGAAUUUCUAUCUCAAUGCUGCCCCUCCUGCCGGGAGCAGGAUCCGCACCUCUACGAUGCUGACUUGGCUACCCCCUUACACUAUGCCGCCUGCUGGGGCCAUGAGGAGUGUGUCCGCAUCCUCCUGGAACACAAUGCCCCCAUUAAUGUGGUCAACAGCGAGGGCUAUACCCCGCUUCACACUGGUGCUGGCUUUGCCGGGGUCACCAAGCUGCUGAUCCAACACGGAGCCCUGGUCAAUGCCAAAACGUUGAGUGAUGGCAAGACCGCUCUCCAUUUGGCCAUCGAGAACAAGUCCAGGGAAUCCGCCCGUUUGCUACUCCAGACUAAUAUCAAUAUCAAUGAAACGGACGACGAGGGCGAGACCCCCCUGAUGACGGCCAUUGCCUGCAGUCUGGUGGAUCUGGCUGAGGAAUUAAUGGAGAGGGGAGCCCGCAUCAAUCUCCAGGAUAAGCAGAAUCACACCGCUCUGCUGUACGCGGUCAGAGGUCGCCAUAGCCAAUUGGCCAAGUUGCUGCUCGAGCGUGGAGCCCGUCGGCUGGCAUCGCAGCAUCUCUUGCAUCUCGCUGUCGAGUUCAAUAAUCGGAUGUUGGUGGAGCUCCUCCUGCAAUAUGGGGAGAGUUUGUCGGUGCGUAACGAAGACAACCACACUCCCAUUAUGGUGGCAAUCCAUCUCCAGUGCCCCGAUAUGUUGGAGUAUCUACUAAACGCAGCUGAGGAACAUCGUCGAUUGGGCCUCUACACAGAUGCCCAGGACCAGGGACUGGUUCUGUUCGCUGUGCAGCAAAUUGUUAUUGUUGAGAAGUUCAUUGGCAUAUUGCGAGUCUUGCUGGCCAAGCUGCCGAGUGCUCGCGAGGACCUAUAUGGCACCUGUGCCCCCACCAUUGUUUGUGGGCUGAUCUACUGCCAAACUCCGUUGUCCAGGGCCAUUAACUUGUAUCAUCUGGAACUGGCCGAGUUUCUCAUCCAUGAGGGCUGCAAUCUGGCGCAGAUUUGCCGUGAACAUGUCGUCAACGAGCUGCGAUCGAACUGUUCGGCCAGGACUUUAGCCUUUGCACGCUUGCUGUGCAACGCUGGCUUCCAGUUUCCGCACAAGAAGCGAGAUUUGCCCAAGGAUUGGCCACCAGCUCGCGUGGAGUUUGAGCGUGAGAUGUCACUUUUUGGCACACAGCCGCGCAGCCUGCAAUCUAUUACCCGUGUGGUGAUUCGAAAGCAUCUCCUGAAAUCCCUCCGAACACGGCUGGACGUGCAACAGAAGUAUCUGGCAACUCAAAAGCGUUCCGCUCUGGGCCGCAUUAUAGAUGAGUUCGACAUACCAGCCGCAUUGAAGCUCUACCUCAGCGAUUUUGCCGACUUGGCAAAGGUGAGGACCAUUGAACCGAUACCGAUACCCGGUUUCAGGACCAUUGAAUCAUGGGAUUGAUUGCGUUUUUCAGGAAUUUAUUCAGAUUAUAUAGGUAUUAUGUAUGUA